UCGCAAACCUACAAAUGUCCAUCUGCAGCUGCCGUAGUGCGUACACUAAACCCACGUGGUAAAUCAAAACAUCAUGGCGGCUGGUUUCAAGACUGCAGAGCCCCUGGAGUACCACCGGAGCUUUCUGAAAGAAAACUGUAGGCCUGAUGGAAGGGAACUGGCAGAGUUCAGAACCACAACACUGAAUAUCGGCUCCAUAUCCACAGCAGACGGCUCAGCCUUGGUGAAGGUCGGAAACACCACGGUCAUCUGUGGUAUCAAAGCGGAGCUGACCAACCCAACAGUGGAAGCCCCAAGCAAAGGUUAUAUCGUGCCCAACGUGGACCUGCCGCCCCUGUGUUCCUCUCGCUUCCGUCCCGGGCCGCCUGGAGAACAGGCUCAGGCCGCUAGCCAGUUCAUUGCUGAUGUGAUAGAGAGCUCUGAUGUGAUACAGACAGAAGACCUGUGCAUAGAAAGAGGAAAGCUGUGCUGGGUGCUGUACUGUGACAUCAUGUGCCUCGACUAUGAUGGGAACUUGCUGGAUGCGUGUAUCAUUGCCCUGCUGGCUGCCCUGAAGAACACACAGCUUCCAGAGGUCACCAUCAAACCAGAGGCAUGUACACCAGAAGUGAAUUUAGAGAAGAGAAAUGGGCUGCUGAUUCACAAACAUCCAGUCGGCACCUCUUUUUGUGUCUUUGACAACUCUAUACUGAUCGUGGACCCUACCGCUGAGGAGGAGGGCCUGUCAAGUGCUCACUUCACUGUGGUGACAGAUGAGGGAGACCGGCUGUGCUCUGUCCACAAACCAGGUGGGACGGCCCUGUCAGGAGAGAAACUGCAGGAGUGUAUCAGCCGAGCGACGGCACGGCAGAGAGAGAUCCAGAAACUCAUCGACAAAGUCAUACAGAGUGUCAAGGCAGCAGAAUAAAGAACCACAAACACCACUUUUAUCUAAAAGCUGUAUUUUCCACUGU